GAAUUUGGCGCGAAAACGAUAUUACAGUUGGUUUGAGGACUUGUAUUUCAAAAUAAUAGAAGUUAUUAAUGGCUAUUUCAAUUAAAAAAACUAAUAUGAUUACCACUGACACGAGGCAUGUCCAGUUGCUUCCGUGUAAAAUAGAUAUGAAUGGUAAAGCUAAAGUUAAAGAGCUUUUUGAAUCGACUGUUAAUACCCAUAUGUCCGAAUGCGUUCGCCAACCCAGCAGUGAAUUCUGUGCACCAAAGACUAGAGAUGGACUUUUCUCUGCAACAAUGAGGGGUAGACGUUUGAUCGGGGAAGAUGUUAAAUUACCAGAAUGCUAUACAGGUUUCAUUCUAAAAGAUGAAAAGAAAAGAUUGACAGACGAUGAUGAGAGAUGUUUUGAAGUGUGCGGUAAAUUUAAUAGUCUUAGGCAAUGGAAUCUAGAUCAAAUUCCUAACGAAAGAGAUAAAAUUCAAAAGGCCUUCGAUUGGUUAGAUAUUUCUAAGAUUAUGCAUACAGAUGAUGUAGAACAGUCGGAGUGA